GAUAGAUGUGUCACGCCUAAUCAGUCAGUUAGGCUGGUGAUUGUCACAGCGUCGUCAUGGCUCAUCGAAGCAUGGGCUUGAGACUAGGAUUUCUGCUGUUAACACUGACAGCAGCAGCUUCCUUCAAGUAUGUCAGCACCGGAUGUCAAGCCGCCAAAGCAACGGAAGAGUCGACCAUACCGGAUUUUUUCGACUUCUUCCAACGCGAUUUCACCUUGCUCCUCGAGAUGACUGAACUGUAUAACAACGUCACGAACUACGUGAGGCAUUCGUAUUACGCGGGAAGCGACGAAGGGGAGGCGGUGGAGGCGAACGUGGUGGCCAUGUACGACAGCGGCGCCUUCAUAGCUUACCACUACUUUCCAGGACAGAACCGAUACAUCGAGCAGUUCGACGACAGCUGCAUAGAGCCCGAGGAGCACCAUCCAGUGUACGUUCCAUACGGAUGGUUUGACGACAACGAGGAGCACGGAGUGAAAAUGUAUGGUCCUGCAACCAUCCUGAGGAGCACCCACUUCCAGAAGGCCGAAUUCCACGGAUCUGAGUUUAGCAUCGACGGAAUCAGAUGUGAGAAAUGGUACAUCUGCGUCGAUGGAAAAGUUGAGAUUAACUUGUACUUUUCCGCCAAAGGCCUAUUCGACAUGCCACAGAAGGGUCUCUUCGAUGAUCCUCAGAUCGACAAUCGACUGCCCGUCAUGUUUGAGGUCCUCCCGGAAAUGAGGUCAGAGCACAUCCGGUACACUGUGGUCAAUUUCUUCCCGGCACUGGCGCGCCACAGCAACAUCGAAACACCCCGUGGCCUGGACUGCGAGGACAAGAUAAGCAUCGAGCCGGACAAGAAGGUGCCCAAGAUCCCCUCCCAUUUCACGCUGUCAAGCGAGGUCGUCCUGAACUCCUUCAUCGACGGAAUGCUCUUCGGCCAAGGGCAGAAGCUUGAGAAAUAUCAGCUGACAUAUUCCGAGGACUUGGCCAUGGUGCGCCUGGACACCACCAUACCAGAGGAGCGCGCAGGAGACGACCAGGUGGCGGACAAAGUCAUCCAUGAUUUUAAUACUGGUGUCCAGUACGCCAUCAACAGACAGUUCGGCAAGUGUCAACGAGAUUUCAUCCCUCCUCACUCCUUCGACCAAACGCAUCCCGGAUACAUAGGAAGUUUCGGGGUGAUGGCGGGUCCCAACGAACUGUUUCACAUCGACGGCAAGUACGCGUACGUGGGCCCGCGAGAUGCCAGGUCACAGAGAGGUGACCUCUACACCUCAACUCGCUCGGACAUACCUGACCCCGACACCGAAUUCCUCGCAAACAUGCCCAAGGCCGUUCUCGAGUACUACUUCGUCAAGGGCGAAGAAUCAUCUCCCGACUCCGUGGGCAUUCCAAGCAGAGGCGACCUAUUCGUCUACAACAAGACGGAUCCACUGCUGGUAGAAGGAAUGACGACCGCGAAUAUCUUCGACGCCAAACUUAACCUGAUGGUCAGCCCGAGCGAGUUCUCCGUCACCGAAUGUUUUGACAAGUGGUCAGACGAUUGGUCCACUCUCUACAUUUUCUUCCCCGCUGACGAAGAACAAUUCGCCGCAGAAGCUGCCAACGACAACGAGUUUACAAAUUACGUUUUCGGAUCUUUGCUGGAAAUCGGGGACGUGUCACCGACGCGAAUUGGAAGUAUCGACGUCAGCGACGGUGUUUCGGGAUGGUACUCCAAUACUUCUGACUCUGACGUCAUCAUAGUCGAGGUCAAACUGCUGGAGAGGGCGCCUUUCCUCUACGGUUACAGGAUGCCAGACGAUCCUUUCGAAAUCCCCGGAGAUGACGAGACAGGAUUCGACGUACUGAAUCUGGAAGGAUGCGCAGAACUGUGCAGCCUGGAGGAACUGUUCGAGUGCAAAUCGUUCCAUUACUGCAAGGAGCAACACUCUUGCUUCCUGAGCAAGAGCACAGGGGCGGAGGGACCCCAGACCAAGAACUACACCUGCAUGCACUACAUAGACAACCACGAGAACCGCACCUUCGACGACCUGCCCACCGCCGAAGUGGACGACCGCCUCAGGACUUACAUUAGCGAGAAGAAGUUCCAGUUCAGCAUCAAAUUUGGGGAAAAGGACGUUAACUUCACUGCUACGCAGCACGUCAUGUACAAGACUCCCGACCCGACCGACCCGAUCAGAAAGCAAUUUUACCUAUUUCAACGACAUCGCACAAUCAAAGACCCAGACGCCAUCUUGGAACCGAACGACAACUCGCUCCUCAGUUGCAUGCAACUAUGCAUUUCCUGGCAGGAUUUCCAUUGCGAGACGCUCGUCCACAACGAACUUGCCAGAGAGUGUCUCCUCUACAGUCAGCACGCCAGGGAGAUCAACGAGACUCGUUUUGAAACCAAGCUAGACAGUUACGUCCACAGCAGAAACUACAUGAAUGACUACAACACCAUGCUCGGAGGAAUAUCCAUUAAUACAACCGGUCCCAUCGUUAAAGGUUUCUCGCCUGAAGAAUGUGCCAUGGAAUGCUCCACCAAGAAAGACUACAACUGCAAUAGCUUCGAGUUCUGUUGGGACGACGCCACCUGCCACUUACACGUCGAGACGUUCAUGGACGUCUCCGACGGGGGGGAUUACUCCACGAAGCAGCAAUGCAUGCAUUUCGAAAAGAAAGCAGAGCGAAUCUUCACCAGGUACCCGAAACAAGGAAUGCCAAGCGGGAAUCACAAAUUGGUGGCACAGCUGACAGGCGUCACGGAAUGCGCUAAACUCUGCUUGGAAGAGGCGGGUUCAGACGCGUCGCAGACGUGCCAGAGUUACGACUACUGCGUCCUGUGCCAGGAGGGCGACUUCGGGGUGUGUGGGGAGGACAACCGGGGUGGAAUCAACAUGUGUUUCCUGGGGAAUCACCACCUGGGGGAGCCCGGCGUCACGCUGCAACCGACGGACAACUGCGAGCAUUACUCUCGAGACUUGUUCGGAGACCAAGACUACGCGUCCUGGGUCACCAGCCACCAGAGGAGAGAGAAACCCUACACAGCAGGGUCAAUGGCAGGUUUAGCCUUCGGGAUGAUAUUCCUGGGCAUCAUUCUCGCCCUCGGCUUCCUCUUCGCCUUGGUCAAGUGCCAACCAGAUAAAGUGCCCAAGGGCCUUGCCCUUCCCGAUGUAGGGCCCAGCGGAGGAGGGAGGAGGCCUCCCCUAGCUCCUGAGAGCUCGGUGAACUUCGAGAAGCUAUCGGGUGUACCUGGCGAGUCUGACAUCUGAAGAGGAAUCUCCACUGAUAAUGCUUGAGCAUUAUUUGCGGGAUCAGACAGUGCGGUCAUCAUACAUUUAAUGUAAUGGUAAUUAAUUUGGACGCGUUGCUUUUUUUUUAAUGAACAAGUUCAGUUAUGGCAGUGGUUCUCAGACCUGGGGGCCAUGGUGGGCUGUUGCAAAUUAUAAAUUUCUAAAUAAUGUUAGGAGUCUGAAUAAAAAACAAAAAAUUGCAUCACUGUCCUAACAAAGAAAAUUUCCUUUUUAAUUGAUUAUGUUGACAAUAAUAUUUUGUUACAUAAUAUUGUUAAUUGAACUUUUACCCAACCAAAUUCGAAUUUGCUAUUGUCCGGUAGUCCUUUGUAGUCUAGUGAUGUAAGUUAAGCAUAUCACAGAAAUCUAUCAAAUAUGAGAUAAUUAUGACUGAAAACUUCGUAAUAAAGCAAGAGUGUUUUCUUCAUCAACAUUUUAUUUAUCUAUUUUUUUUACCUUUUUUGGCGGGGUGGGAUUUGGGAGAAAAAUGAAGGGGAGCCACACGAAUGUUGAGGAUUCAUGAAGGGGGGGGGGGGGGGGGGGGGUGGAGUGAAAAAGGUUGACAACCACUGAGGUAUGGAGAGAAGUUCUGCAACUUUUGAUUCAAGAGUUAUGAUAUUACUAGUUUCUUUUUUUUACAUCUUUACAUUACGUUGACAGUCAAACAAUUAUGAGAAUAAGAUAAAAAAAAUAUUUAUGAUCUUGCUUGCAAUGUCUGACUAUAAAA